AUGCCGUAUAGACUAUCUGCCUCUUUAAACGGACACUCUCAAGAUGUUAUUUUAUCAGCGUCAAGAGAUUCCACAGCAAUCGCAUGGUCAAAAGGCCAAUCAGACACUCCAUUCACUAUUUCAGCGACAUACAAGCCCAGUGAAGGCUUCAUAAAUUCUAUAGCGUACAUGCCACCAUCAUCCGAAGCACCACAGGGGUGCGUUGUUACCGGUGGUCAGGACGGUAUUGUCAAUGUCUUCGUGCUAGGCAGCCCCUCGACAGAACCGGCCUACUCGCUCCUAGGACACACUGCGAAUGUGUGCGCCCUUGCAUCUUCUCCAACUGGUGCCUUGGUUUCCGGAUCGUGGGAUUCGACCGCCCGUGUCUGGAAGGAUUUCAAAGAGUUGUAUGUGCUACAAGGCCAUACACAAUCUGUCUGGGCCGUUCUCCCUAUCGAUGAAAGUCGUACUUUGACGGGUUCUGCUGACAAAAUGAUCAAGCUUUGGGAUCAACACAAAGAGGUCAAUCGCUUCCACGGCCAUAACGAUGCUGUGAGAGGCUUGGUAAUCGUUCCAGAUAUCGGCUUUGCUUCGUGCUCAAACGACAGUGAAAUCAGAGUAUGGACGCUUCAGGGUGACCUCGUUUACAAUCUCGUCGGCCAUACCUCCUUUGUGUACUCUCUAGCUCUUCUACCUACUGGCGAGAUUGUCUCAAGUGGAGAAGAUCGCACGGUGAGAGUCUGGAAAGAUGGAGAAUGCUGGCAGACCAUCGUUCACCCUGCUAUUUCUGUCUGGACUGUCUCAACGAUGCCUAAUGGUGACAUCGUUAGUGGAUGCAGUGAUGGUAUAGUUCGAGUGUUUAGUGACACAGAGGAACGUUGGGCUCCUGCUGACCAGCUGAAACUAUACGAUGAUACUAUUGCCAACCAAGCGUUGCCAUCGCAACAAGUGGGCGAUGUCAACAAGGCUAAUCUCCCCGGUAAAGAAGCUCUUUCUCAACCAGGUGAGAUAAUGCCCACUGCCUGCCUAUUAUAUUUUUCUAACUUAUAUAUAGGAAAAAAGGAUGGUCAAGUCAUAAUGAUCCGAAAUGAAAACGCUGUAGAAGCUCACCAGUGGGAUGGCAUGAAUCAAACAUGGCAAAAAGUUGGAGAAGUCGUGGAUGCAGUAGGCUCAGGUCGCAAACAAUUAUUCGAUGGCAAAGAGUACGAUUAUGUGUUCGAUGUGGACAUCAAAGACGGUGCACCUCCAUUAAAGCUUCCCUACAACGCCAAUGAAAAUCCUUACCAAGCCGCUCAUCGUUUCUUGACCAAAAACGAUUUACCCCUUUCUUACAUUGAUGAAGUCGCAAACUUUAUCGACAAGAAUACGUCUGCUGUUCGAAUUGGCACUGUAAGUGAUCAGUACAUGGAUCCUUAUACAGGGGAAGCCAGUGCACCAGCACAGGCGCCUACAAGGCAAGCGGAGGUUGCAAUACAUUUUAUAGACUUCUCUAAGUACACUCCAGCUAUGCUCCUACUUCCGGUCCCGUGA